UUCAAGGACAACAAAGACAAGCCCAGCCUUGGAAGGGUCCUCAGCAACAGCCCUGCCUGCUGUCCAGCUUUCUGAGCAGGUCCCACUGACAUCUCCUUCCCUGAAGCCCCUGCAGGUGGACGAAGACGACAGCCUGUCUCCUCACCUCCUGUUGCCAGAUAGCAUCAGCCAGCUGGAAGAGUUUGGCAGGCAGAAAAAAUGGCACAAGAAGCAGCACAGACACCAUCGCCAGAGGCAGUUCAAUGACCUCUGGGUUCGGAUAGAAGACAGCACCACCACGUUGCCUUCCUACAUCAGGAUAACCAACGGCUACAUCACAGUUAAACCUCCCAUUUGGAUUUCAAACCGGCUGGAUCAGAGACCACGUUCAGAUCGCCCAUCCCAGCCUCAGCCUACAAGCUCAGCUUCAGCCAGCAUUUUAUGGCCAUCAAUAACUUCUCCUCUCUGUGUGGCCAUAGCUUCUUUUCUCCUGAAUCUACUGCAGCCUUCCUGACCACAUUAGUAUUACGUGCAAUCUUUUGGAAUAGAGAAGAGAGAUAAUUUAUGAACGAAUUGGAGGUUAAGACAACAACAGUUACAAGCUGGACCUUCUCAGUGAAUCAGUAGUGCCUUCUAGCUGAUUUUGUCUCUUUGCCCAGAUACAUUUUGAAACUCUAAAGCUUUAUUGUAACACUGACUUACAUCUUCUUUUUGUAGAAGGAUCUUUAUUUCCCAUAGUGCUAUGGGGUUUUGUAAAAUAUACAUGUUCAUAUAAAGAAAAAAAAAGAAAAAGAAAAAAUGUAUUUAUUCGACUGGUAAACUUAUUUUUCUUGUUGUAUAUGUUAAUAACAUCCCUAUUAAUCAGUAGCGAUGGUGAAACAGAUAAAUUAAUAUUUUCUAUAUUUGUUUUCUAACUGACAACUCUGCAAAUGUCUGAACUGACACCAAAUGAAUGGCUGCUUUGUUUCUUUAACCAUUACUUUUUACAGCAACUGUCCAAUAAGUACAAUUCUGCUGAACUUCUUUAUUUACUUUUCUUUAUCUCAUUAGCAUAGCUUACACUGAAUAAAGCAGAUCCUGCUCUUGGUGGCCUAUGCCCAUUAGAAAAAUCGGUGCAUUCUUAACUCAAGUUAGCUGCUACAACCUAAAAUCCUAGUUAUUUUUAUAUGACUUAAUAAGUCAUUAGUCAAAAUAACCCCCUAAGUUCUCCUGUUGUCUUUAACUAAACUAUUUAACUUCUUUGGAAAUUACCAAUUUCCCUCUUUGUCCUGGGAUUAAUUCAUUAGCUAAUGCAAAUUAAGACAGCAUUUUCUUAAUAAAAAAUUGCUUUUACAGUC